AUGUCAGGUGCAGAUGAUCAAGACCAGUCAGGUCCUCAUGCCCCUUUGCUCGCCUCAUCCCGCCCCUCUUCAGACCAUGAUGACAAUGAGCACGAUGAGAGCUUGGCCUCUGAGCUGGAAUACUCAGGAGGCUGGUUCAUAUGGGCGUUGACCUUCUCCGCUGGGAUAAGUGGUCUACUAUUUGGAUAUGACACAGGUGUUAUUUCGUCUACUUUGGUGACCAUCGGGUCAGAUCUUUCGGACCGGACAUUGACAACACUCGAUAAAAGCCUCAUAACAUCCUGUACCAGCCUAUUUGCGUUGGUUGCGAGCCCGUUUACCGGGGUUCUGGCGGAUAAGUUUGGCCGUCGGAAGGUCAUACUUGGUGCAGAUCUGUUGUUCGCACUUGGAGCUUUGGUACAGGCAUUUACAAGCCAGGUUUGGGGUAUGAUUCUUGGGCGCAGCAUUGUUGGUCUCGCUGUUGGUAGCGCGAGUGCGGUGACCCCAUUCCGUGACAAAAACAUGACCGUGGAAGGUCUGAUGAUUGUUAACAUGCUGGGCAAUCUCUUUAGGUAUAUCUCCGAGCUGGCUCCUUCACACGCAAGAGGCAGACUUGUCACGAUCCUCAGUCUGUUCAUCACCGGUGGCCAGGUGGUGGCAUACAUAGUCGGGUGGCUGUUUUCUAGUACAACUGGAGGCUGGCGAUGGAUUGUGGGAAUUGGAGCAUUGCCGGCCUUCUUCCAGCUUGCAAUCCUUGCUCUGCUACCCGAGACGCCUCGAUGGCUGGUCCAGGCUGGAUUCGAUGCCCAGGCGAAGACAGUGCUGAUUAAGAUCUAUCAGGAUUGCCCUGGACAUGACCAGGUAGUGGAUCGUGUUUUACGCAAUAUAAGUGGGGAAAUUGCCCUAGAGGCAUCAGAGAUGGGACUCCAAGAGGCUUCGGAAAUGGGUCCAACCAAGUCUCGUGGCACAAAGCCGCAGUGGUUACAUGAUACCAUCCAACGGGGUCAGCAGUUGUUGCACGGUGGAAAUAGAAGAGCAUUGAUCAUAGCAAUGAUGCUCCAGGCGGUCCAGCAGCUCUGCGGCUUCAACAGCCUGAUGUAUUUUUCUGCAACCAUCUUCUCCUCCCUUUCGUUCUCCUCGCCGACACUGACAUCCCUUUCGGUGGCUAUGACGAACUUUGUCUUCACACUGCUUGCAUUUGUUCUGAUUGACAAGAUCGGUCGCCGGCGCAUUCUCCUGUAUUCAAUCCCUGUCAUGGUCGUUGCUCUGGUCGUCUGUGCUUUCUCGUUUUCGGCAGUGGACGACAAAUGGAACUCACAACCUCCAACUGGCCACCAAGACAACCACGAUAGCAUUAGUCCUCUUGUGCCCCUUGCAAUUCUGUCCUGUCUUACUGUCUAUACUGCUGCAUAUGCCCUUGGACUCGGCAAUGUCCCCUGGCAGCAGUCUGAACUUUUCCCUCUGAAUGUGCGUUCCCUGGGGUCAGGACUGGCCACUGCAACCAACUGGGGAUCAAACUUUAUCAUCGGUCUUACUUUCCUACCUAUGAUGGAAUGGAUCUCACCCUCAUGGACUUUUGCUCUCUAUGCAUUUGUCUGUGUGGUUGGGUGGGUUGCUGUAUGGGCAAUUUACCCUGAGAUGAGUGGGCUUAGCCUCGAGGAGGUUAAGGGUCUGCUGGCAGAUGGUUGGGGAGUGACUGAAAGCCUACAGCGACGUCAUCUCUCAUGA